AUGGGAUUUUUGACGUGCUCUUUUAAUUUCGGUCUCUACACAAAACUCUUUAAGCUUUUCGCAGGAUCAAUCCUCCUCAUCACUAUAUGUCUUGUCGGACUGCUGCUUAUUUUACUGUUCCCUUAUUUGGCUGGAGAUAACGUAGGAUCAAUAAUGUCAAAAAAUUUAAAAGACAACUACGGAGACUCAGCUCUGAUUACAGCAACAUGGGACUACCUUCAAAGCUAUCUUCUCUGCUGUGCAGUUGAUAAUAACGGUUGGGACGCUUGGCGAUAUUCCAAAUGGUUCCAGGACCAAAAUUCAUUACUUUUGGAUGAUAUUGACACUAUUCCUGGUUGAAAGUUGGAUUACAUAACGCGCCAACUGACCGACGAAUACGAAAACCUCCAUCGGUGCCAAACUUGGCAGUAUGGACCCCCAAAGUUCAGGAGCGGACCACACAAUGAUGCAUUAUACUAUAGGGGAUGUCUGCCAACGAUUAAAGCCUACAUAAAGAGAUUCAACUUCUGGAUACUCCUGUUUGGAUUUUGUACGCUUUUCUUUUUGAUAACAUCCACAGCAACUGGAUUCAUCACGCUCCAACACAUACGAUGA